UGUCAAAACCUUGGGACUGGUACCAGGUGUUGAUGUGUCUCCUAGGAUUGGGGAUUUUGAUCAACACUGCCGUCGCGAUAGAAGAAAUUUUGUGCCACAUGCAAGUUGCAGCGUAGACCUAUUCAGUCAACAUGGGAUAGUCUAAACCAGGUUGGUACUCCUUGUUUAUCCCACUUGCUCCUAUUUUGUCAGCUACGAAACUAUUGACGUGCGACAUGCAGCUAAACCGAAGCGUUGGACACUCGGCAUAUGGACUUGCGCAUUCUUGUUUUGGUUACAAGGGUGGUUGGUAGGCAUACAAAAGGGUAUUGGAUGGACGUGUUGGUAAUCCUCCGUGUGGCUGCAGAUCACCGUCCCGAAGCCUUGGUUCUGGGCCACUGGGCUUGCAUAUCACGAAACUACGGACCGCGCCUGUCCGAGAAGAUUUCCACACGAGACGGCAGAUCACUCUUGGUGCCCGACAGAUGGUACUCGAGCGUCUAUCAGAAGGCCCCAACGAUUGUCACAGGUGCAUCGCGGAUGCGUUUCAUACAUGCCUUGGUGAGCUGCGAGUCAGGCCUCAGCCCUGCCUAUUACGCCACUGCGCUUCUUGUUUUUCAGAGAGGCUCUAGCAAGAAGAUCUGCCGGCAUUGGAACCCGCUGAAAAGCACUAGCUGUCCGAAGGGGAAUAGGAGGAGAGUUGCAUGGACUGGAUCAGAAAAUCCCAUGCGCUUGAUAUCAGCUUCCAAGAGGGAUUGCCUGAGUCAGAUCCUCUGAGGUCGCCAGCUGCAUGUCAACGCUGUGGACACGCUCGACCUGAUUCGUAUUCCAUGCACGACAGGUUUUGAUAGGCAGUUUCUGUGCAACUUCAGAAGAAAGAAGGAUAGUGGACAGCUCAGCCAAAAGCUGCAAUGCAAC